GGACCUCUGCAGUUCGAAGGUCAUUGAAAUGGCGAAGUUGUGUUGCAAGUAAAGAAGAAGCUGCUGGAUAUUUAACGUCUUUGUUUGAUCAAGCAGACCUUUAACUGUCAUGAUUAAUAUAAAGAACCCAACUAUUUGCAUCCUUUGCUUUUUGAUAAAUUACGCUUGAAGAAAAUUUGAUUUUAGCCAAAAAAUAUUCGAAAAGACAUGCCUAUGCCAACCGAGACGUCUGCAGCAGACCUUGUUGUGCUCAAAUUUGAAAGUGCUGUCGGGCUAGUGCGAUCGCUGCCACAGAAAGGGCCUUUUCAACCAUCAUAUAGUGAGGCAUCUAAGGUUUAUGGUUAUUACAAGCAAGCAAAAUUUGGACCAUGCAAGGGAUCUAGACCAGCUUUUUGGGAUGUGGUCGGGAGAGCCAAAUGGGAUGCUUGGAGUGUUCUUGGUGACAUGCCUAAGGAAGAGGCAAUGGAAAAUUAUGUAAUUGAAAUAAAAAAGCAUUUUGAGAAACUUACAGAAAUGGAGGGGUUUCAAGAGACUCAGAAAAAGUUUUCAGAUGCAAUUAUUCCAUUUUGUGAAUUUACUGGUCUUGAAAUGCCUGCUGCCAUUGCUGAGAUAAAAAUAUAUGAAAAGAAAAUGGAAGAAAAAAAGAAGUUAAAAGAUAAGACACAUUUUAAUGGCAAGAUCAAUGGUCAGGUUUUAGAUAAAGCAGGCAGAAAUGGUAGUGCAUUAGUUGAGAUAAACGGUUCUAAUGUAAAGUUGGUCCAGAUGGAUGAAAAUUGUUCACAGAAUGGAAAUGAAGAACACAAGGAUUCUCAAGAUAUGGACUCUACUUUUGACAGCAAUCAAGUUUCAUUUGCCAAUAGAACCAUAGACAGCAAUGAAAUGGGUGAUUCGCCUCAAGCAGUGCAAAUGCAAAUUUCAUCAUAUGUUGAUGCAGAAAGCAGUGAUGAUGAUGUUUAUUGCGAUUCAGUCAAUCCAGAUGAGGUUACCACCUCAACAGUAAGCACAGUAAAUGCCGUUGAAGAAUCAGUUUUGGAUGAUUUUACUCAAGUUACUAGAGAUAGUUCCUUACUGAAAACAGAAUCUUCAUGCGAAAUUGACGAUGUGAGCUUUGUUGGGAAAAAUGUCCAAAGUACACCUAUUGUGAAAAUGAGACCUCUAGCUGUACUUGGUACAAAUGGGAACCAUAUCGGUGAAAAUCUUUCAGCUGGCAGCCAUACUGAUACGUCAACACUUAGUUCACUAUCAGCAGAGCAGGACGCCAUUCAUACCAAUGAAAUAAGAAAACCGAUGUCUGGAAGACUUGAAGCAGAACUCAAACAUGAAUUCGAGUCGAAAUUUCCUAGCCAUAAUCGAAGAAGCAAGUUGUCAAGGAGUGGCCAUCGAGAUUUCAAAGGUGCUGUUGUGGAAUCGGAAAAGCAAGAGCAAGGAAGCCAUAGACAAAGAGAAUUGGUGAUAGAUGCAAGGGGAAGUAGCCAAACCGACCUCACCAAAAGUGAAAGAGGGAGUAGGCAAUCAAGAGAGGAAACUGGCCACCAGCAGUCUAUUGCGGAACCAGCCAUGCCAGCAGGGGAUCAUAUUCCUCGCAGACUAAGAAGAGCCAACGCAGAUAGCAGCUCGGACUCUAGUGAAAGUGCACGGAGCUCGAGCACGUCAGGAGAAACGAUUGGUGAACAAAUUGUCAAGGCUUUAGGCCGGCUAGAGCAUGAUAUGAGACUUGUCCUGAUGAGGCUUGAUUCAAUCGAAAACAGAGUUACCUCGGUUACGGAAGCAGUAAAUCGUAGGCCUUGGUGGGCUUCUUAUCUUCCGUCUCGCCGUUUCAUGUUCUUAUUCCUAUGGCCUUUCAUCGUCAAUAUCGUGUUCUUAUAUUUAAGAAGGAGACGGAAAAAGUGAACAGAGUAAAAAAAGUCACAUACAUUUAGGCCUUGUGCCUUUUGGAAGAUCAUCCCAUCGAAAGCUUUCAUGGUUUGCAAAGUAGGUGAAUUGAUGAGGCCGAUGAGACAGGAACAUAAGGUACGCUUUUAACCUGUGGUCAGAAGCAGAGUCCCAAUUGUGUGAAAUGACGUAUCAUUGACGAAUUUAAAUUUCUGUUUAAGUUAAUGGUUCUUGUUGAAGCUUAGAAAUCCAACGGCAACUUGAUGUAAUGUUAUCAAUAUUUACAAUGUAAAAAGCCAUAGAUAAUUGUUGAAUAGAUUGUCAGAAACGAACUACAGAUUAUGUAUAAACGUACGAGAUGUGACGUGAUAUGAAAGCAUAUUGCUUUGAGCCUAGAGACCACUUGCUGAUACCUUAUAGAUUUACAUGGUUUUCAGAUACAGAAUGAGACACAUUGACCGACAUUUGUCCAAAUUGAUUGUUAAAUUGCAAACAUUUUACAUCUACCAGGCAGUACUAAGAUAUUUUAGAAGAUUUUAUUUACCUGUUAUUACCUAUGCAUUUCGCUGUUUUGUGUUUCGUUGAAAUCAUUAUUUUGUUUUCUUUGGUGGAAAUUGUUAUUAUUUGGAGCAUAUAAAAGGUAUAAUUGGACGCAUUUUUUCAUUUGGAUUGUUUUUUAGACUGGAAGAAACUAUUUGAGAUAAUGUUGAAUGUAGAAUUUAACUAUAGGUCAUACGGAACGGUCCUGAGAGAAAGAAAAGAACAGUUCUUACUAACCCUCUUAUACUUUGAAAAGCAAAUUUAGUUCUCAAUCUUUGUGUAGAAUUAACAUGACACAAAUA